AUGUGCUACUACGGCAACUACUAUGGAGGCCUGGGCUGCGGCUUUGGAGGCCUGGGCUACGGCUAUGGUGGCCUGGGCUAUGGCUGUGGCUGUGGCUAUGGCUCUGGAUUCGGUGGAUAUGGAUACAGUUGCUACCGUCCAUGCUGCUAUGGAAGAUACUGGUCUUCUGGCUACUACUGA